CAAGGUCUCCGCGGCUUACGAAAUGGAGACUGCAGCUGGCCGUAGAGUGAGCAGGGAGCGACGGGAGUCUAAUUUGCCUUCUAUCGCUUACCGCGUUUGAGCCAUGUGUUGUGUUUACUCGGGCAAACGACAAGCUGCUGACAUCGAAAGAUUAUGGCGCUGCGGCAUCUCUUCCACCAACGCACGCCAGGUCCCAGCCAAUUACUGCCAGUACCACCAGCGACUUUUCCUUCGACAAGCUGUUUCUCACCUCACUACAGUAGUAGCAACAUGGUUAAGACAACCCCCACAAAGCUGGACGAACACAAGCUUGGGUUUCUGAACGACAUCCCUGCCGAGCUACGCAACAAGGUCUACAAGCACGUCGGCGAAAUAGUCGCUGGUCAGCAAGCGAAUUGGAUAUUCAAGUUUCUCCAGGCGCAUCCAAUGAUCCGCCGUGAGGCUUCAAGCAUCGUCUUCAAUCAUGGGAACCACGUUUCUGGCAACAUACGCAACUUCAGCAUUGUGGUGUCGCUAGAGAUAUUCAACAACAAGCAACCUCAUAAGCUGAAGCGCCGACUUCGAUUAAUGCCACAUGCGGUGCGCCAGCUUCAAAUUCCACUUGUCAUCUACCUCAAGGACACGCAUGGCAUGAGUCUCUACUCCAUCAGUCGCAUCAUGUUCGAGAUUUUCAAUACGCCAACUGUCAGAGCUAUUCCGCGUCACCGUCUACAGUUCGAAUUCGCCGAAGCAGAGUACGGCCCCGCACCCACGCUCCUCAAGCACUUUUUUGAAGUACUGUUUGCGACCUUGACAGAGAAAUACCACCUUGCGGGCGGGAGGGUGGGGUCACUGGGGUUUAUGCAAGUGCAUGAGCACGUCUACCGCCUCUUAGCGCUCCGGCCCCCGCCGCUUCAACACCACUUGUGCCUUUUCUUCUACAUGGCACGAUGGACCAUCCGGGAAACAUACCUCGGUAAACAGAAAAAUCUUGUUGGCUUCCAACAAUGGAUGGACUUCGAGCGCCGCCACAACGUUGCAAGGCCUGCGAACGCCGACCGCUCCGUCGACGUUGAAUGUCGCAAGAGCGUUCUCAGUGAGCUUGAGUGAGAGUCCUUGCGACAUGAGCAUCAAUUCCAAGCGCAACACUCACUUUUGGCUCAAGUCGAUAGUUUCCAAUCGGCAACUACCCAUCGGCAACCUCCAUCGACAGUAGCAUUGUGGGCAGCAUCAAUACUAGCAACCAGAUACCACAGGCCGGAGAGGAGGUGCAAUCGAGUCUUAAUGAUCAGUGCAUAAUGUACAGGUAAUGAGCAGCCCAGUAGUAAGGCAACAAAGCAGAGCAGAAC